CCAUACGGAAGUGGGCUUUGGCGCACCGGAAGCCACCGAAAGAGAGGUAUGGCGGGCUUGUCUGUGAGAGACCCUGCGGUGGAUCGUUCUCUACGUUCUGUGUUCGUGGGGAACAUUCCUUAUGAAGCUACUGAAGAGCAGUUGAAGGACAUUUUUUCUGAGGUUGGACCUGUUGUUAGUUUCAGAUUGGUAUAUGACAGGGAGACAGGAAAGCCAAAGGGUUAUGGCUUCUGUGAAUACCAAGACCAAGAGACGGCCCUUAGUGCCAUGCGGAACCUGAAUGGGCGCGAAUUCAGUGGGAGAGCACUUCGAGUGGACAAUGCUGCCAGUGAAAAGAACAAAGAAGAGCUGAAGAGCCUUGGCACUGGUGCCCCUGUCAUUGAGUCACCUUAUGGAGAGACCAUCAGUCCUGAGGAUGCCCCUGAGUCCAUUAGCAAAGCAGUUGCCAGUCUUCCACCAGAGCAGAUGUUUGAGCUGAUGAAACAAAUGAAGCUUUGUGUCCAGAAUAGCCCUCAGGAAGCACGGAACAUGUUGCUUCAGAACCCUCAAUUGGCUUAUGCUUUGCUGCAAGCACAGGUAGUGAUGAGAAUUGUGGAUCCAGAGAUUGCCCUGAAAAUUCUGCAUCGCCAGACAAAUAUCCCAACGCUGAUUGCAGGCAACCCUCAGCCAGUCCAUGGUGCUGGGCCUGGCUCAGGAUCCAAUGUGUCCAUGAACCAGCAGAAUCCUCAGGCCCCUCAGGCCCAGUCUUUGGGUGGAAUGCACGUCAAUGGCGCACCUCCUCUGAUGCAAGCUUCUAUGCAGGGUGGAGUUCCAGCACCAGGGCAAAUGCCAGCUGCUGUCACAGGACCUGGCCCUGGUUCCUUAGGUCCUGGAGGAGGAAUGCAGACCCAGGUUGGAAUGCCAGGAAGUGGACCGGUGUCCAUGGAACGGGGACAAGGAACCCUACAGCACUCGCCCGUGGGACCCGCCGGGCCUGCAUCAAUUGAGCGAGUUCAAGUGCCGAUGCAAGACCCCAGAGCAGCUAUGCAGCGGGGAUCCUUGCCUGCCAACGUCCCAACUCCUCGAGGUCUGUUAGGAGAUGCUCCAAAUGAUCCACGGGGAGGCACUUUACUUUCUGUAACUGGAGAGGUAGAACCUAGAGGUUACCUGGGACCACCUCAUCAGGGUCCACCCAUGCACCAUGUCCCUGGCCAUGAGAGCCGUGGACCACCCCCACAUGAAAUGAGGGGUGGUCCAUUAGCUGAGCCCAGACCUCUAAUGGCAGAACCAAGAGGACCCAUGCUAGAUCAGAGGGGUCCACCCUUGGAUGGCAGAGGUGGGAGAGAUCCCCGAGGAAUAGAUGCACGAGGGAUGGAGGCCCGAGCCAUGGAAGCAAGAGGAUUAGAUGCCAGAGGAUUGGAGGCCCGUGCGAUGGAAGCCCGGGCGAUGGAAGCUCGUGCAAUGGAGGCCCGAGCAAUGGAGGCCCGUGCAAUGGAAGCCAGAGGCAUGGAUACCAGGGGCCCGGUGCCUGGCCCUAGAGGACCUAUACCUAGUGGAAUCCAGGGUCCCAGUCCAAUUAACAUGGGGGCAGUUGGCCCCCAGGGAUCCAGACAGGUCCCAGUCAUGCAGGGAACAGGCAUGCAAGGAGCGAGUAUGCAGGGUGGAAGCCAGCCUGGUGGCUUUAGUCCUGGGCAGAAUCAAGUCACUCCACAGGAUCAUGAGAAGGCUGCUUUGAUUAUGCAGGUUCUACAACUAACUGCAGACCAGAUUGCCAUGCUGCCUCCUGAGCAAAGGCAGAGUAUCCUGAUCUUAAAGGAACAAAUACAGAAAUCCACUGGAGCACCUUGAAAGGUUUUUGAAAAUACCUGGCAAGAAUCUGGAAAUUAACUCCAUAACUUUGAUGACAUGCUGAAAAAAGAUGACUUCUGCAUCCUAACCCUUGAGUGACUCAAAUCAGUGCCAGGUGGAGGACUCCCAUCACCUUCUCUCAGAACAAAAUCAGUUCAUUUUGUUGUCGUAGUUUGUAUAUUUUCUGUGACUUGAAAUAAACUUUGAACACAAUUUUAGUACACUGCAAA